UUUGGGAAAGAGUCGAGGGUUUAAGUAAAUCCUCCUCCUCCCUCUUCGUCGAGCUUGUGUUUCGCCGCUCCGAGGCGGCGUCUCGUCACCGCCACAAAACCCUAGACCCCCGAUCUCCUCUCCCCCAAACCCUAACCCUCCUCCUCCUCCUCCUUCUCUCCGAGCUCUCUCUCCUCUCUCCAAUGGCGGCCGACGUGGUCUUAGAAUCUGUUUCCGCCAACCCUUGCUGUGCGGAGGUGGAGAAGAGGUAUCAGAAGCUGAAGGAGAAGAGGAAUGCUCUCUCGCAAGCUGUGAAGCUCUUGGAGUAUCAGAUCGAUAAGCUUCAAAGUGAGAACCAAAAUCUCAAGAAGGCUUGCGAGGAGGAGCGGACGCAAGCUGAUCAAGCAAAAGAAGAGAAUGAAAAAGAGUCCAGUAUAAGAAAUAAGAUGGAGAAGGAAAUUGAUGAAUUGAAGGCACAAAUUGAUGAAUUGAAAGCACAAAAUUCUUCGCUCGCCAGUACUGAAAGAUGUAGGAGGGCCGACAAAGAUUUGGAGGCAGAAAUCAACAAACUAAAAGAGCUUUUGAAGGAAGAGAAAAAACAAAGUGCUUCAGAAAAAAAGAAGGCCACAGAAGAGAAGAAAAAGGCUGCAGAAGCAUGGAGGCUACUAAAGAUGGAAAAGACUAAGGCUGAAGAAGAAAGAAAACUUGCAGAAAAAGAGAAGAAAAUAGCUAACGAAUUGAGGGCUACUUUAGAAAACAUAAAGAGUGAAGCUAAUGAAGUGAGAGAGCAGUUACUUGUCGAUAUUCGCAGGUUAGAAGAGUCGAAUGAAAAGAUAGAAAAGGAGCGGGCCAAGUCAGAGAGGUCAAGAGUUGAGGAGUAUAGGAAACUUGUGGAAAUUGAAAGAAAAAAGGCAAACAAAGAGAAGACCCGUGCAGAUGAUUUGUGCAAAAAGUUGGAGGUGGAAAAGAAAAGGAAUGAAGAUUUACAAAAUAAAAGAAAAAAUGAUCUGUCUUCUGGGAGAAAGAGGAUGUAUAGUGACAUGGUUACAGAAAGUGCUGAUAUAAAGCAUCUAAAGGAGAAACUCAAGCGGAAAAAAGAGCAAAAGAAACACUUGACGGAAAUGGCAAAUCUAGAGAAAGCUAGAAACCAUUUGAUCAGGCAAGAGCUUCACCUUGUAAAGCAGGAUUUUGUGCAGUUGUUGUGCCGGUUCAACAUGCUUGACAAUUGCCUCACUGGCAGCAUUGGAGGUAUUGACGACAUGGAAAAGUUUAAAGGAAGCCUUUUGCCUCCUAAGCUGGUAGAUGCUCAGUUGAUGAAGACAUCCCGUACUAGUUCUUUUGGCUGUUCUGGUUCCACAAAAGAACAUAAUGACCCUCAUUUCUCUAGGAGAAGCUGUACGAGACCAAUUUCAGGUAUUAGAUCUGAGUUAGAUCCUCCUGUUGGGGGCUCUCUCAAAAUCAAGUCACACUGUUCCUAUCCCACAUCCUUUUCUGAUAGAGAAUUCAUGGGCUCACAGGGAAAAGAUGCUUCUCUUGCAACUUCAUCUGCAGAAAUAGAAAAGAAUUCCAAUAUGAGAUCAUCCAUUGGCAAGUUUUCUUCUGAAGUGCGUAGAACCACCCCGAAUCCGAUUGUGGUUAGAAGUCAUCAAGAAAAUGUGAGAAUCAACUGCUUGACAUCUUCCAUUCCUGAUGCCAGGGAGCACAAAAAUAAAAAAAGGAGGAUAGAAAACACUCUGGAAUCUAUUGUUCGAGCAUAUUCUAGUGACAAUAUCUUUCAUCUAAAGGUAAGGGACAGAAUUUCUGAGUUAAAAGAUCUUUUAGCAAAAGGAGAUGCUGAGUUCGUGAAAGAACCAUCCAAUGCUUUGCUUUGCUUUGAGGAGAUGAUACGUGGUAGGGAUUACAUGAAGCUACUUGAUCUGGAUGAUGAAGCUGAUGAGGAAAGGUAUAGAAGAGCAAUGGAAGUGCCUCUUUCGCCCACUUUGCCUGAAAUCGAGUUGCCUGAAAUUGAGAGAAUGGAUUCCAAUCCUACAUUUGAUGUCAUUGAUUUAGAAAUCAAUUCCAAUUUAUUGAAGGUUGAAAACUGUACAUCUCUGAUUUGCAAUACAUUAAGUAAUGCGACUCAACUUAUUACCAAAUCAAAUGAAACACUUGCUCCAAGUGUAAGCCACAGAGUUUUUGAUCGCGUAGCCAGAAACUUGGAAGGUGAAGAAAACUUCAAAGCUUCAGAAUAUGGUCAAACUAGUCAUCUCCUGGUCUCGGACUGCGGUAGAAAGACAGAAAUUACUAAGCAAAUGCCUUUACCGAACAUCAAUUCGCCAGGCGAUCAAUGCAGGGGCAAUAAUGGAAAUAAGAGAACUCAAGAGUACUUUGUCAUGUUCUCAAGCAUGAAUGAAAGCAACAUAAGUAGGAUUGCUAGAUAUUGGGACACAAUACAUUGUCAAGAAUAUGCUGCUCCCCAAGAAGUUAAUGUUGUUGCUGAAGCAAUCCACAAAAUAGCGUUGGACAAAGAGCUUCUAUCUGAGGAAAAGGCUUCGAUCGCAUUCUCAUUAUUACUCCGCAACUUAUCUGGGAUAGUUAAGUCGAGUUCCAAAUGCAUCGUGAAUGGAGAUUUCUCUCUUUGUAUUGAUUCUUUUGCAAAUCAAGUUCAUAAAGUGAUAAACGGCGGCGAAACCCUUUUAUUAUUUUUGGAAGAUGGUCUUUUAGGCGUCCUCAUUGACUUACUGGAGGACUUCGUUGUCCACAAAAAAGUUUUCAUGUUCUUGGAGGGAGAAAGUGGGCCAUUUUCUUCUGCAGCUGCUACAUUUGAACAGUUUAUUUGUGGGUGCGCUGUAUUGGCUUCCAUCUGUGCUAGAACUGACCAAAUCAGUCUGGUUUUAGAACUUUCCUACAAAAUUCUUCGUGCUGAUAGAAGUUAUGUUUCUUGGACUUUGCUGGGCCUCCAUGUUUUUGCUUCUAUAUGCGGGGAGAAAUUUCUAAUUUUGGACAACUAUGACUUUCUCAUUACUGCAAUAAAGCUGGUGGUUUCUCGGCUAGAGGGCAGGGACAAGUCUUUAUCUGCUAGUCCUUUGGGUUUUGAGUCAACUUCAGCAACCUUCAUGCCUUGUCAGAAGUGCCCCUUUUUUACUGGUUCAGAUUGUGUAAGUAACUUUAUGUGCUUGCUUCUGGACAAGCUACAAGAUUGUGCGGCUGGUUCAAGCCCAUCUUCAUUUUAUCAAGUUGCAGAAUGCCCCAUGAUAGGUGGAGAUGUGAAUUGUGCAAGUGAAGAAAAGGGUAUGAAGUUUGACUGUGGUGAGGAUUGCUAUUUACUCGAGUAUGGAAACCUUGAUGCUAGUUCAACUGACUCUUUAUCUGAGAGGAACAUUUGCUACCUCAUGGAUAUAGUUUCUUUGGUUGAGCUUGUUGGGUUCCACAUGGGUUGGGAUUGGACGUACAAAGAAGUUGUGGUCCGCGUUUUGAAGAUUUUGGACUCAUGCAGAUCUGAGGCCCCUUCAGCUGCUCUUUUUGUGCUGGUUGGUCAGCUGGGAAGGUUUGGUAUUGAUGAGCGUGGUUUCGAGCAGAGUGAAGUUGUUGAACUUAGAGAGAAAUUGUCACUCUUUACGGAAUCUCCUGCUAAUGAGAAAAAGAGCUUCCCUAUUCAGAUAUCAGCUAUCAGUGCAUUGCUUAAUCUUCUUCCAUUCACAUUCAAAGAAAUCAUCGACGGGGAUCAUAAAUCACCAUUGGAUAAAAGCCAGUACAGUCUUUCUUUACAAAUACAAAAUUGGUUCGCCAAACUAAGCAAAGAGCAAAAAGCCGUAUCACAGAGUCUUUUCACUUGAAUUUAUCUAUUCAAGCAUCGAUUAUCAUGUUUCUCGUAUUAACAAAAAAGGUUAUAUUGAGCUUCUGCACCAAAUGACUAUACUUCGGCGGGAAUGAUAGUGAUGAGUGGACACGCAGUUGCAAUCGAGGAUUUGAUCCCUUGGGGGCUUAUUUGAUUGGGAUGUCCGAUAAAGUUUCUUCAUUCACAGAUUAUAUCGCAUCAGGGAAUCAUCCUGCAAUUUAUUUUUUCAUGGUCUUGGGCUAUACCUUGCAAAUGCAGUUUCUGUCUGCCUUUGUGGAUUCCGUGAGCUCAUGAGCUUUGAGGUAGGAAUAUAUUAUCCAUAUGUAGAUUGUCAAGAAGGUAAAUGAGAUGGUUCGGCUGAUCCGAAUCUUUGUUGUCGUCGCGGAAGAUCUUUUCCUGUAUUGUUGUAUUUCUUGAUGAAUUGAGAUGUUGAUUUGUAGUUUUCUCCUGUAAUUUUGGUAUUCGCAGGAGAAUCUAAUCUGCCAAGCGUUUUCGCUCUGUACAUGCCGGGAUUAUUAUUAUUUUCUCUAUUUUUUUUGUUUUUCUGGAGCAAACCAGCGUACUUUAAUUUCAUAAAAUAAGAUGAUGUUUAUGGCA